CUUUUGUCUGUCUUUUUCUUCUUCCAUUUCUGUCUCUCCUGACCAGGACACAACUUCUCUCCCUCUCUCUGAGGAACCAGAGGGUGUUGAGGAGGGAGGAGCUGCCAUCCCUCCGCCCCUACCAACCCAUCAAAUAGAAGAUUUCAUUUGUUUUUGGGUUUGCUAAUCAUAUAAAGAGUAGAAGGGUGGUGAAGUUGGCGUGGACUGUAUUUCAUUACCCAAUUGUUAUAUAUUUGUAUACAAUCAGCAUUGUUCUUUGUUUUGGUGGUGGAUGGCGAUCAUUGAGGAGUUGGAGUUCAUUGAGGACCUGGACUUUCUUUUGGCUCUCCCUGAGGAAGGUGAGGCAGCCCCAGAGCAUGACCCAGAGGCAACAGUGGAGGAGGAUGAUAGUGACGACGAAUUGGAUGUUAAUGAGCUUGAGAGGAGGGUGUGGAAAUAUAGAAUGCGACUGAAGCGGCUUAAAGAGCAAAAUAAAGGAACAGAAGGAGCUGACAAUGCUAGGCAGUGUCAGCCACAGGAACAAGCUCGGAGGAAGAGGAUGUCACGGGCACAAGAUGGAAUCCUGAAAUAUAUGUUAAAAAUGAUGGAAGUUUGUAAAGCCAAGGGUUUUGUUUAUGGGAUUAUCCCCGAAAAUGGUAAACCAGUGACUGGUGCGUCUGACAGUCUUCGCAAAUGGUGGAAGGAAAAAGUAAGAUUUGACCAUAAUGGCCCUGCUGCAGUUUCUAAGUAUCUGGCUGAACAUCCAAUCCCUGGGAAGAAUGAAGAGUCCCAUGCAGUACCAUCCACUCCUCACAACUUACAGGAGCUCCAUGAUGCCACUCUUGGUUCACUUUUGUCGGCUUUGAUGCAGCACUGCCAUCCACCCCAAAGACGUUUCCCGUUGGAGAAGGGUGUUGCCCCACCUUGGUGGCCCACUGGCAAUGAGGAAUGGUGGACUCAAUUGAAUCUGCGCAAGGAUCAGGGUCCUCCCCCAUACAGGAAGCCUCAUGAUCUGAAGAAGGCUUGGAAGGUGAGUGUUCUCGCGGCUGUGAUAAAGCACAUGUCGCCCGAUAUUGCCAGGAUCCGGAAGCUUGUUCAUCGGUCUAAGUAUUUGCAGGACAAAAUGUCUGCUAAGGAGACCACUAUUUGGCUAGCCAUCCUUAACCAGGAGGAGAAUUUGGCCCAGAGGUUAUAUCCUGAUGGAUGUACACCUCCAUCAUCUUCUGGGAGUGGGUCUAGUUUUGCAAUCAGUGGUACCAGUGAUUAUGAUGUUGAAGUGGUUGAUGAUGAAGAGAAUUAUGAAGAAGAGGACUGCCAACCUCAUUUUAAUAACUUAAAUAUUGGAACAUCUGGACAAAGAGAUGGACUGAUGCAUCAUUUUAUGGCAGAGCUGACUGAGACCGAUUCCGACUCUGGUCAAAAGAGGAAGCAGCUGCCUGAAGAGCCACAAAUGAUGUUAAAUCAUCAGGGUUACACCUGCGAAUAUCUGGAUUGCCCGUAUCAUGAUUAUCACCUAGGCUUUCGCAACAUAACUGCAAGGAAUAAUCACCAGUUGACUUGUUCUUACAGGAAUAAUUCUUCACAAGUUGGAAUGUCAAGCGCUCAUCCUAACGGUGACAAACUUGUGGGGUCCUUACCCAGUCCUCAACCUAAUCCAGCUAUUCAACAACCAGUGAACCAGACAAGUAGUUUUAAUGCUUCCGGACUUGAACCUGCUGGGGAUGAGCCGAAUAUGAUAUCGGAGUUUAUGUCAUUCUGUGAUGGUAAUACUCAGCAGAACAAGAACUCGGAUCCUGGAAGCCUCGAUGUUGUAGAAAACCACAACCAGCAUCAGGUGAAUUAUCAAUUUCCAAUGGGUGAUAACUUCUUUGAUCAAAGGUUGGUUGUAGGACCCAACAUGUCUGCAGCGUCACCUAUGCCUAUGCUUCCUCCAGCUACUCCAGCUCCUCCAUCUCUCCCAUCCACAGAAUUUCAGUUUGAUCCGUGCAACUUGUUUGAUUCUCCAUUUGGUAAUCUUCCCGAUAAUACUGACAACUUAGGAUUUGGCACCAACUUGCCGCGAGAUGACUAUAGUCUUGACUCGAUGCUGGAACAAGAUCCAUUCUGGAUGUGUCGUUGAAGCCGGGUUUGCUUGCAUUGCGCUCCAAUAUAUGAAUAAGGAUGUUCAUAUGUUUGUGAGCGGGGGAGGGAUGUUUUCUCGACACAGUUCAGGUUGUCUCGUGAUAAUUCAGUUUUCUUUAGGUUUUUUAGACACAGUAUUGGACCCGAUUGGGUGAAACUUCUCAAGUUAGUGGUUUAUUUUUAUCGGUCGGACUUUUUAGAUGUUUAUAACCCUUGACAAAUUUUGGGGAGUUUCUCGUACUGCAACUUUGUCAUCAAGUCUAGGUUUCAUAGUUGUUCUCAGUGCAGUAUUGAGUAGGGCCUAUAAAGGCCUGGAAAGAAGAACCCAAUCUUAUGGAGGAGGGUUCUUUUCCCUCCUAAUCUCUUCCUUUCCAUCCCCUCCUAUUUGAACGGUUACGGUU